AUGGCACUGAGGGAGCAGACAAGCGGGCAAAAUGACAAUGAUGUGAUGAAGUCUGCCUUGGAUAUCUUCCACAGUGACCAGAACCAGAAGUUCAACUUGGAACACGCGUGGAGGGAGCUUAGGCAUGAUGUGAAAUGGUGCUCCACCUAUCUUGAGAAGGAAAAGCGCAAACCAGUGGAUCCUGUUGAUGGCGAAGGGGCAGUGCCAAAGCCAGAAGAGAGACCAAUUGGGGUUAAGGUUGCGAAGGCUGCUAAAAAGAGGAAGAAAACUGGAAAAGAAGAAGAAUUGGCAAAGCUUGAGAAUUUGUUGGAGAUCAAAAAACAAAUCUCAAAGCAAAGUUUCCUAGAGAGUUUGCUUGCAAUGCCCGAGCCUCUCUCUGAGAUGGAAUCAGCUCUCAAAAUGAAACUUAUGUUGGAUUUGUUGUAG